AAGAAGUCACCUAUCUGCAGCCGGGAGGCUUUGAGGAAACGACAAAGCGAGUCAUCAUGUGAAAGAACUUAUGAGGGAAACGGACAAAAGGGCUGGAAUACGCGCAGAAUAGAAAGUAAAAGGGCGUGAGCGGAAUGUCCGUGGAUGAGAAGCCUGAAGCCCCCAUGUAUGUGUAUGAGUCGACGGUUCAUUGUACCAAUAUCCUCCUCUGUCUCAACGACCAGCGGAAGCAGGAUAUCCUGUGCGAUGUGACUGUCCUGGUGGAGGGCAAGGAGUUCCGUGGGCACCGGGCCGUGCUGGCCGCCUGCAGCGAGUAUUUCCUCCAGGCGCUGGUGGGCCAGGAGAAUGACUUGGUCGUUAGCCUUCCGGAGGAGGUCACUGCCAGGGGAUUCGCCCCAUUGUUGCAGUUUGCCUACACUGCUAAGCUGUUACUCAGCAGAGAAAACAUCCAGGAGGUCAUCCGCUGUGCCGAAUUCCUGCGCAUGCACAACCUCGAGGACUCAUGCUUUCGCUUCCUGGAAGCUCAGCUGCGCAGUGAGGAGGACGGCUUGCUGCUCUGCCACAAGGUGGCGGCCGAGGUGAACAACUCAGAGGAUGAGAGUAUGCAGUCGGAGGUGGAAAGGCCCACCUCCCCCAGGGCGAGGCGAUGUGCUGACACCCUCACCUCCUUUCGACACUCUGAUGAUGAUCGGUUAGCAAUGGCUGUGCCCAGUAACUUCAUGGACGGCCGGCUGGACUUUGAUCGGCACGGAGCGUCAGACCUGCCACGAUGCCCCAAGUACAGGAAAUACCAGUGGGCUUGCAACAAGCACAAUAAUGACACCUCCUCAGACACCAGUACCUCAGGUUUUCCAAGCACAUUAAAGGAGAGCAGCGUUAGUGGGGCAGUGCCGGGUCAGGGCAGGCUGCCUUUGGCCCAGAUCAAAGUUGAACCACAGGCAGAGGAAGAGGCCAUCUCAUUGUGUCUGUCAGGGGACGAGCAGGACGUCAGGGGUAAGGACAGUGUGACAGCCAUGGAGAUGGAUAACCCAAUAUCUGUGGAAAGAACCAAGAGAACCAAGUCCCCUUCCUGCCUCCGAGCCUUCUUUAAGAAAGGGGUAGACCUCCCCAGUCUGCCCAACACAUCACAGCAGCUAUUCUCCAACAGACUUGUCUGCCCCCAGGACAAAGGAAACUCUCAGGGAGAUCAUAAAAAAGACUUCAGGCCUUUCACUGGGGAGCUAGGUCUGUCUGUUACAUCCCCAAAGGACAUGGACGGUUUCCCUGCAGGGUUGUCCCUCAAGUCCGCUUCCUGUGAUGGGGUCUGCAAACAGGAAGUUGAGCUAGACCGCCGUAGUGUUAUAUUUUCCUCAGGGGCCUGCAACCGUCAGGGAACCCCAGCGCAUUCCUACCCUGGUGGGAACUCUUUGGAGAUGGAGCUCACUGAGCACCUGCCAAAGGGUGUGUGGGCAGGAGCCAGCCAGUCCCUCCCCACCUCCCAGACCUAUUCUCCCAGCACCACCUCCUCUGAGCCCCCAAUUCUGUGCCGCCCGCGACCCAACACCAGCUGCCCAGUGCCAAUCAAAGUGUGCCCACGCUCGCCGCCUUGUGAGACACGCACCAGGACUUCCAGCUCCUGCUCCUCGUACUCCUAUGCGGAGGACGGCAGUGGAGGCUCUCCCUGCAGUCUGCCCCAGUUUGAAUUUUCCUCCUCGCCGUGCUCCAACGUGGCACGCUGCCUCAAUGUGGACCAGCAGGAGCAAAGUGUGGGAGGCGAUGCCCUUUUUAACCAGGUGCGGCCCAAGAUCAAAUGUGAGCAGUCCUAUGGCACCAACUCCAGCGACGAGUCAGGCUCCUUCUCAGAGGGAGACAGCGAGUCCUGCCAUGUACAGGAACGAGGGCCAGAGGUGAAGCUGCCUUUCCCCGUAGAUCAAAUCACAAAUCUUCCACGGAACGAUUUCCAAAUGUUGGUGAAAAUGCACAAACUGACCUCGGAACAGCUUGAGUUCAUCCAUGACGUGAGGCGGCGGAGUAAGAACCGCAUCGCAGCACAGCGCUGCCGCAAGAGGAAGCUCGACUGCAUCCUGAACCUGGAGUGUGAGAUCAGAAAACUGGUGUGUGAGAAGGAGAAGCUGCUGACGGAGAGGAACCAGCUGAAGGCCUGUAUGGGGGAGCUGUGGGAGAACUUCUCCUGCCUGUCGCAGGAGGUGUGCAGGGACGUCCAGCUGAGCCCGGAGCAGGUCCAGUCCCUACACCACUACUGCCCCGUGCUGCGGCCCGCCAACUCCACCGCCAGCAACGACGCUGCGCCCAGCCCCGCCACCAACACCACCACCAGCAUCGACCUCACCACCCACUCGGGCUCGGCCACGCCAGAGCCCAGCUUCCACGGGUCGCCCGGGCCCUCGGAGAGCGAGCCCGACUCGGCCGUCAGAAACGGGGCAGACGGGGAAAUGGAUGGCCGAGACGCCAGCUUGUACACAAAGUCCGGGCUGUCCGUGGAAAAAUCCAACCAGACGGUAACAGUUGAUUUUUGCCAGGAAAUGACUGAGAAAUGUACAACUGAUGAGCAGCCAAGGAAGGACUGUACUAAGUAG